AGAUUGAAGUGUUUACAAAUACUGGGGCAUUCCUUAAAAUUAAUUUAACACACAUAAAAAACAAUAAUAGUGUGUAUUUGAUGAGCAAAUCAUUAACUUCAUUUAGUAAUAAAAUUAGUUAAUAAAAUUAUAUGAAUACCAAAAAUCUACAACGAAGCGAGUGUUCAGUCCGCACAUUACGCCAUUCGCAUGUACCUCAUAGCACAGUGCAAUGACGUCACAAAAAGGCGUGACUGAACUAUAAACACGGCUUCAUCGUGGACUCGCUGGUAACACUGAUCAACGCUUGCUUGCCGACUCGAUGCCUGUUAGAAAGUUGGGAGCUGUGCAGAUCUCCACGGCAUUCCUCGAUGGAUGGAUCCGUCAACAGAGACAGUUUGAGAGACGUCUCUACCAGUACAGAGACGAUAUCCAAGAUGUGGCUUCAGAGCCCAUAAAACAAUUUCUAAAAGAUGAUCUCAUGCAGAAGGCCAAUGUCCACUCUAGGAACAAAUAUGAUUGCUCCCCGAGGACGUUUUUUGAGGGACGCUCUUUGGUCAGACAGGAUUUCGUGGAGGCAUCAGAUAUUGAAGUGAACAGACAGAUGCAGAUGAGAUGUAACAAGGCUGCUUUGCCGCCAUUACCUUCAAGACAAUGCUACCCCAAAGACGACUGCGACAAGUGUGAGCUGAAGUUAAUGCUGAAUCACAUACAAAAUAUCCUGAGACAACCUGUAGCCUUAUGUUGGUCGAGGUAUGAAAGUAAACAUCCCGAUCAUGAUGUCGACUGUGUGCGGGACCACUGCCUUCCUCUCCUCCUGUCCAUGACUGAUAACCCUAUUGCUCCAACCACAACACCACCGCCGUCGCCCCUGCCUGACACGACGAAGCACGAUGUCGGUGGUCAAUCGACGAAGAAAAAGAGACACGACUGGAAGCCUAUCAUCAUCACCACAGGUGGCGCGCACGUGCUAGAAAACUCACAAGUCAUUAGAAGAGCCCGAUAUAUGCACAGCCCGAUGAGAAGAGUCGGCCAUCCUCAUCCCUUCUAUACACAGCUUUCACAUGGCAUCACGGAGCUGAUGGCAGCACAUACCUUGGUCGGACAUAGCCUCAAACCUCUACCUCGUACUGACGGCACAUCCGGGAAGUCUACUGCUAGAGAAAAGCCAUAGAUUUCGUUUUGAUUACCACAUAUUUAUAGCAGUUAGACAGAUACAUUUUCAUAAUAAUAAAAGUAAUAAUAGUAAUAUGAAGAAUUACUAGCGUUAAAGAGAGAUUAAUAGAUUUUGUUUUUAUCCACAAAAAUUAGAUAUUAAAUAUAUUUUCUGAUUUAGAAUAUUAGUGUUUCUGGUCAUCCUAAUGUUUCCAGUAUCCCAAACUACCUACCAAUAAGUUCGGUCUCGUGCAUAUUAAAUAAGAAACAAAAUGAAGUUUGAACUACUACCAUUAGAAAUUGUUUUAAAAUAAUUGAAUAUGCACUGAUAUAUUAAACCAUAAAUUGUGUUCAAUAUUUUAUUUUUGUUCAUUAAAAAGGCGAUAUUAGAAUGAAACAUCUUACUCAGUAUGAAUCAUGUAAUCUAAUUAUGUACUAUUGUCUUGUUGAUAAUGUUAAAGUACGAGUGACUUUAAAUUUUCUUUUUUAAAAACAAAUAAAUAUUCAUAAAUAUUG